AGAGAGAGAGAGGGAGAGAGAGAGAGAGAGAUAGGGAGGGAGGAAAAGAGCAGAGUUGUGUCCCAUAUGUGGAAAAAAGCAUAGCAGUGCACACACACAGUCCGGUCAGCUCCAGGGAUUAUCCUAGUGCUUUCACAUCUGAUGGAGGACAUGCAGGCAUGAAUAGGGUUGUUCUGUUGUCGGCGAGCUCUCAUGCCAGUGAUGCACCACAGCCGGACCGGCGCUAACCUUAGCUGGCAUUCAUGAAACAGCAUUCCUCCUCACUGAGACCAGCUCCACAGAAUGCUGAGUCCUAUUGUCCCUUAUAGCCUGUUAAAGAUGCACUGGAACCCAGAGCAUGCCCAGCCCCUUAGCCAGUGGCCUGAGCAGCACCUGGACGUCACCUCCACCACCUCCUCUCCAGCCCACAAGGCAGAGUUCUACUCCAGCCGCGGACGCAGCUCCUACAACUACGCCUGGGCCAACGACGACAUCUCUGCCCUCACAGCCUCAAACCUCCUGAAGCGCUAUGCUGAGAAGUACGCAGGUGUGCUAGACUCACCGUACGAGCGUCCUCCUACUGUAGGAACGUACCCAGAGCCGGGGGCUUUUGGGGGCCUUAAUGGCCAGAAGACAGAGCUGGAACCAUGGCCACUGACACACAACACUGAUGCCUCUUAUCCUUUGGUUGCUCCUGGAGGCCAUGAGAGUCUUCCAAGCUCCAAGACCUCCACGUCUGCGGGCCCCCCUGGGGUGAGCAGCGUGUCGGUAGUCAACAGUAAUCUGUCAGACUCUGCCUACAGUGGCAGCAGCUCCUGCAGCGGUUCAGGCGAGUAUCCCCCUAGCUACAACGGCACCUACCUUUCCUCAGGGUUCUGUCCUCAGCCCAGUGCAACACUUCCCCCCACCUCCCUUCAUACUCUGCAACCCACCCCUACUCUGGUGCCCAGCUACAGUCCGAACACGCCGGUUUAUAACUACCCACCCAGCACAUACCCACCCCAGACUACCCUUGCACCCAGCUACAGUCAUCCUUCCACGACAUACCUCCCCUCGGGUCUACCGGCUCCUACCCCCAUCCCCUCUAGGCCUACAGUGGUCGGAGGCACAUACAGCUACCAGAGCUCCAACCUUGGAGCAUCUGAGCCUGGAGUGACAUUAAAAAGAAAGGCAUUUGAAAUGGGAGUGGAGGAGGAUGACAGCGGGGACAGGUCACGAUACAGAAAAUACAGCUAUGAGACCCUGAAGGCUGGAGGAACCUCUCCUUUUGGAGUGAAUGACAAAACAGAGUGCAGAGGAAAUGGAUUUAGCAGUUCAGGCAGCACAGACCCUCAAACCUUCAAGCCCAGCAAGUCCUCCUCCUCCCAGCCCCUGGUGUCUCCUCAGUUUGGAGCUGGAGGAGAGUACAGUCCUCCUGCAGGCAUGACGGGGGAGAAUGGAGUGACGGAGCAGGGCUUCACCCAGCAGCAGCAACGACCCCAGCCACUCAAACGUCCUCCAUUAUGUACUGCACCUGUUGAAGCUAUGAAGAGCCCAGACCCCCGACUGCUGGAGCUUAUCAAUGGAGAGUUGUUUGACUGCAGCCCGGCACUUCUCUGGACCGAACUGUUCGGGCUCACUCAUGUAAAGGCUGCCCUGGAAGAGGACUUGCUUUGGCCCGUGUUAAGGCCCAGUCCAGUGGUGCGACCACCAAGAACCGUCCUGUUGUUUGGUCCCAGAGGAGGGGGUAAGACGACACUAUGUCGGUCUUUGGCCUCACAGAUAGGGGCCUCCUUCUACCGUGUAAGCGGACCUAUGCUGGCAUCUAAAGGGAAGCUCGAGGCAGAACACAUUCUGGGGUCUCUGCUGCAGGUGGCAGGGGCACGGCAACCCGCGGUGAUACUUCUCAGUCAGGUGGAGGCGAUGGAGGAGGAGGAGGGGCUGAGGCAGAUACUGCUUACAUCCCUGGAGAAAGCCCGGGCGGGGUCCACAGGUUUGGUUAUUCUUGUAUGCGCCACCGGAAGGCCGGAUCUCUUGCAGGACUCGGUUCACCGGAGCUUUGCCAAGAAGUAUUACGUCGCCCUCCCAGACAUGGGGACCCGACAGCAUGUGCUGCUGCAGGCGCUGACGCCCCAGGGCUGCAACCUGAGCGAGAGGGAGCUGAGCGCCGUGCUGCAGCGCACCGAGGGCUUCUCAGUGUGGGAGCUGCUGCAGCUUAGCCAGCAAGUGCUCUCCUCAGCAUCUUCCCCGCCUGGAGCCAUGCACAGCCUCGCCACGUCCCCCAAACCCCCGAACUUUACAGAUUUUGAGAAUGCCUUUUGCAAGGUGCGCCCACACACCACCACAAAGGAACUGGACACUUGUAUAGAGUGGAGCAAGAUGUAUAGCCACUGAGAAAGCAGCUAGUCACUGUACUCGGACUGCACUACGACCCUGUUUUUGCUUUGGCAUUUAAAGCCUUGGGGAUAUUUUGUUGUUUCCUAAUUACUGAUUAUGCAGCCAAAAGAGCCAGAGAAUCUCGACUGUAGGGGUAGCGCUGGUAAAGUUAUUUCACUUGCAGGAACCUGACAUGGUGUACUGUUUGUUUUGCCCAGAACAUCGACAAUAAUUGAUGUUUUCCCAAAGAAAAAGUGAGGUGAACAGGUUUUAGUCAUUUGGUCAACUGGGAAAAUCAGAGAGGUAUUUGGAUACUCUCCGAGAUCCUGAUUAGCCUUGGUCCAGGACAAAAUCAUUUAUUUGUUGCUAGGCGAUGUGGUCCAAGAUUAUGGAUAAUCAGGGUUUGGAAAAUCUGCCCUUUGGCUGCUACUCUCAGGAUCCUAUUUAUUACCAAUCCACUUCCAUGUUAUCGUACAAGUCGAUGUGGUCAUAGGAUUGAUGUGCAAAGGGCUUGGGAUCAGCAACACUUCAGCAACUUUUCUUUUUUUACCAAAAACUUGGCAAACCAAAUACAUAAAUAAAAAAAAGCACUGAUAAUUUCUUAAAACGGACAGGUCUUAAGAAAGUAAAGAUCACAGCAUGUUGAUAUUCACAAUAGCUUUUUACCAAACUAGGAUACAAUAAUCUUCUCUGAGGAAACAAGUGCAGAAUAAGUGAAGCUUUGUCCUUGAAUACAGUUGUUUAGGUGGAAUGUGUUUCUUUUUAUUUUAUUUUUUUUUGCAGAAUCAUUUCUUAUGUAUCCCCAUCUACUCACCAACUGUGCUGUGCCUACAUUAUAGUACAAGUAACUCGAAACCUACUUCACGAUUCACAUUCCACAUCAGAUUCAGUUUCCCACCUGCAGAGCAACACCUGCGCCAUUCAGCCUGUCCCACAUUUUGUUUUUUUUCCAGCCUCCUUUCCUCCUUUUUUUUUCUUGUAUUAUGUAAUAUUGUUUGAAAUGCUCAGGAAGAAUUUCUUUACCUCAGAAAUAUGAAAUAAAGAAUGUAUGUAAUCUUAGGGUCUUAGAGAAGAGAGUGAGACAAAGGAGUGAGGAGGACCGUGACAGUCUGGUGAAAAACCCACUGCGGCUGGGCUUGUACCUCAGCAGAGAAACUUGAAUAUUCUACAAAGAGUAACAUUGAAUGUAAUUCAGGUAUUUCAAAGGAUAUUUGAUGCCAUAAAUCCAUGUAUUAUUAUAUAUGAAUAUAUAAAUACGUUUUCUUGUUUGUUUCA